GCUCAGCGCCGAGGCGCUCCAGUCCGUGGCGGGGAGCGGAGCGGGAGGACGUGCUCUGCUGCUGCAGCUCCCCGCGCGCACCACAGACGCGAGAGACCCGGAGCGCCUCCACGCCCAGCCCGGGGAGCCCGCCCGCGGCCCCGCUGCGUUUCCGAAGGGCAAGAAAUUCGGCCUUUUCAUUUUAUCCGCACGCUUUCCCUCCUCCCUCCCUCCCCCCCUCCCCGUCUACGGACCGAGCUCGCUUCCUCCCGCUGCCCCCCCUCGCUGGCGGCGGACAUGGACAGGAGGGAGCGCGCUGCAGAGCAGCCGCCGCCGGGGCGGAUCUGAGGCGGGCGCGGGGCGGCGAGGCUGCAUGAAGACCUCUGCCGGCCGCACUCUCCGCCGCGCCGGGGCAGCCCGGGAGCCGUGGGGGCUGUGAGCGGGCACGAGCCGAGAAAAGAGCAGCAGCACACGAGGACUUCCCCCUCGCGAGUGGAUUGCCGGAGCAGGGCGGGGAAGGAGAGAAAGAAGCGGGGGUUGGGUUGUUUUGGGUUUUUUUCCCCUUUAAUCCGUUCAGUGGAUUGCUACCAGGGUGGAAGAUCAGCGGGGCUUUUUUGUUGUUGUGUUGUUUUGUUUUGUUUUGGGAAUAGAAACUAAAAAUGGAGACUGUAAGUAGAAGCAGCUUCCAGCCUCAUCCAGGACUGCAGAAAACCUUGGAACAGUUUCAUCUGAGCUCUAUGAGCUCCCUGGGUGGCCCUGCUGCUUUCUCCGCACGAUGGGCCCAGGAGAUGUACAAGAAGGACAAUGGCAAGGACCCGGCGGAGCCCGUCCUGCAUCUGCCCCCCAUCCAGCCUCCCCCGGUGAUGCCAGGCCCCUUCUUCAUGCCCUCGGACAGGUCCACGGAGAGGUGCGAGACCAUCCUGGAAGGGGAGACCAUCUCCUGCUUCGUGGUGGGGGGAGAGAAGCGGCUUUGCUUGCCCCAGAUCCUGAACUCGGUGCUCAGGGACUUUUCCCUGCAGCAGAUCAACUCGGUGUGUGACGAGCUGCACAUUUACUGCUCCAGGUGCACGGCUGACCAGCUGGAGAUCCUCAAAGUCAUGGGCAUCCUGCCCUUCUCUGCCCCCUCCUGCGGGCUCAUCACCAAAACCGACGCGGAGCGGCUGUGCAAUGCCCUGCUCUACGGGGGCACCUACCCGCCGCACUGCAAGAAGGAGUUCUCCAGCACCAUCGAGCUGGAGUACACGGACAAGAGCUUCAAGGUGUACCACGAGUGCUUCGGGAAGUGCAAGGGACUCCUGGUGCCGGAGCUUUACAGCAACCCCAGCGCAGCCUGCAUCCAGUGCUUGGACUGCAGGCUCAUGUACCCACCGCACAAAUUUGUGGUCCACUCUCACAAGUCCCUGGAGAACAGGACUUGCCACUGGGGCUUUGACUCGGCCAACUGGAGGUCCUAUAUCCUCCUCAGCCAGGAUUACACUGGGAAAGAGGAGAAAGUUAGACUGGGCCAGCUCUUGGAUGAAAUGAAAGAGAAAUUUGACUACAACAACAAAUACAAGAGAAAAGCACCCAGGGUCCCUUCGGAUCCUCCUGCUUCCAAAAAACCCAAAAUAGAUGACUCUACUUCUCAGUCCCCAAAUUCAAGUGAGAAGGAAAAGCAGUCCAGCUGGUUACGGUCCUUGUCCAAUUCAUCCAACAAGAGCAUUGGCUGCGUCCACCCCCGUCAGCGUCUCUCUGCUUUCCGGCCUUGGUCCCCCGCUGUUUCAACAAACGAGAAAGACCUCUCAACACAUCUUCCCACGUUGAUGCGAGACAGCAGUUUUUAUUCCUACAAAAGUUUUGAGAGUGCCGUAGCUCCCAAUGUGGCACUCGCGCCUCCUGCUCAACAGAAGAUUGUAAGCAAUUCCCCGUGUGCCACAGUGGUGUCACGGAGCAACGAGCCACUGAACAGCCCUGCCCAGCCCCGGAAAAGGAAGCUGCAUGCAGACACCCCAGCAGUUCCAGAGCCGGUGGCCACUGUCACCACCACCGAAGAGGACAAGGAAUCAGAAGCCGAAAUUGAAGUAGAGACCAGAGAGGAAUGUAAGUUUACCUCCUCUCUGUCCUCGCUCUCCUCCCCAUCCUUCACUUCAUCCAGCUCUGCAAAGGACAUGAGCUCACCGGGAAUGCAACCCCCAGCCACAGCCAGCAACUCUUUUGAGGUUGCAACCCAUGCUGACUCUCACAGCAGUGGAUUGGAAGCUGAACUGGAGCACCUACGGCAAGCUCUGGACAGUGGCCUGGACACUAAAGAAGCCAAAGAGAAAUUCCUUCAUGAAGUUGUUAAAAUGAGAGUUAAGCAGGAGGAGAAACUAAAUGCUGCGUUGCAGGCUAAACGCAGCCUACACCAGGAGCUGGAGUUUCUGCGUGUGGCAAAGAAGGAGAAGUUGAGAGAAGCGACAGAAGCAAAGCGCAACUUGAGGAAAGAGAUUGAACGCCUCAGAGCAGAGAAUGAGAAAAAAAUGAAAGAAGCCAACGAGUCACGGAUACGGCUAAAGCGGGAACUGGAGCAAGCCCGCCAGAUCCGGGUUUGUGACAAGGGAUGCGAAGCAGGCAGACUGCGGGCCAAGUACUCUGCCCAGAUCGAGGACCUACAAGUUAAGCUUCAGCAUGCAGAGGCUGAUAGGGAGCAGCUCCGAGCUGACCUGCUACAUGAGAGAGAGGCUCGGGAACACUUGGAAAAAGUGGUCAAGGAACUUCAGGAACAGCUGUGGCCUAAAUCAAGCAAUCAACCCAGCAGUGAAAACACAACAAACAACAUUGAGAACUAAGAAAACACCACAUUGUCUAAUACACAUACAGAAUGACGUAUAUGCACAGUAAGGGAGGAUGCGUGGGGUGUGCGUGUAAGUGCAUGUGUGAGUAGGUGUGCGCAUCUCCGCACACAUCCAUAAAUACGGACUUUAUUAGUUGGAGGGCAAAUGUUACUCUUUACAACAGAAGCACUGAAUUACGCCUCUUUUUCAAUCCAUAUAGCACAACAUCUUACUGUGCCUAUAACACACAAAGUGUUUAUAAACUAAAACUUUUGAGUCCACAGCAAAUUUUCUACUGGCAGACUUCAAGCAAGCAGCAUCAUCCAACUUAAAUCAGAGUAAAAGGAAAGCAAGCAUGGCAGUGCUUUUUUAUGUUGCCCUUCUGGAACACUUAAAAAGACAAACAAACUUUUGUUAUAAGCUAUUUAAAAUUAUUACAUCAUACAGACUUGGUAUUAAAACUAUUAAUGAGAUUUUUGUAACGAAACUUUAAAAGCAAAACAAAAACCCCUUGAUGCACAAUUUUUAAAUGACUUGUUACAGGCUUUGGGAUUCUUAAUGUAGAAGCCCUCUGGUGAUGUUGCCAUUUCAUCAGCAAUUUUCCACCCGUUUAGGAAGCCAUCACCGUUUUAACCCUGUCACGUGGUCGUAUGAGAAUUUCAGAGUGCUUUUCAAAGUUGAUUUUUUUUCUUAGUAAAAAGGAUCUUCAUUUUCCUGUGCUAAACCCAGGAAGAAAGGAAGAUGGAGGGGUGGGGAGUGUGUGUGUAGGGGGGUGGGGGGAGGUGUAUGCUAGAGAGAUAUGAAACCCAGCCUUAUUGACUUCAGUGUUUUGUAAAUGAUGCCAUAAUUUUAAAGACGUCUGUUGUUAACUGCUGUGCUCAAAAGACUUGCUUCAUCCAAGAGCACCUCUGUUCUAGGAAGAGAAUGGCAGGAAGAAAGGAAGAAAGUGAAUGAACUGUCAGGUUGGUUGAAAGAAUAAGCAAAAAAAAAAGACACGUAUUUUGAAGUCAUUCUGAAAUCUUUACUUCAGCUUUCAGUUUUCUGAAGAACUCAUCUUUAUUACACCAUCUUUCAUAAAUUCAGUAUUUAUCUACUUAUUCAGAAUCAUCUGUCAGAAUUACUGUGCCCGAGGAAAGUGCAACAUUAUACUUAUCAGAUACAAGAAAAUUAACUCUUGCUGCUGUGAAUAAGGCUACAUCUUAUUUAAAAAACAAACAAACAACAGAAAUUACUUUAAUUUUGGGAUCCAAGCCGCAGCCCAGGAAUAAAAAUGCAGCAUGCCAUCACUGUCUUAUUUUUAAAGGAACUGCACUUUGUCAAAAUCUUCCUCUGCGUUUUAUUCUGUGGUUAUGAAGUUUACAAGUUGAUCAUUCUAGAUUGUUCCACGCUUUAAAGACAUAAAAAACAGCUGCCCACUUCUCCACAGCCUGGCACUUCAUGUCACUGUUUACACCCGUGCAAAGUGAGUACAAAGCAGGUGUCAAAUGCUACUCAAUGAGACAUCCUCACCAAGUACACUAGUUGCUGCAUUUUACACCUGUUUUACAUGGCUGUACAUCUCAGGUGGUGGAAAGCAGUAGUAACUGGGGCCCCAAAUGCACUUAUCAAAUAUAUUCAAUGCUUUACUGAACAAGGGAAAUGGUUUAGCACAGAAAAACCUCACUUCUCAUUGUACAGCCAAGCUUAAAGGCAUAAUAAGGUGAAAAUUGGACCUGGGGCUGAUGACGUGCCUUCCAGCUUAUUUUUCCUUUUAGCAUCUUGUACAGGAAAUGCUGACACUUAUUUAACUUAAAAAGAACCCUGUACAUCAUUGUACGCAGAAGUUAUUCUCUAUAAUGAAGCAUAUUUCUGGUAAUCUAUAUUUGCUUUUGGACAUUUACGCAAACUAUGUAAGCCUGAAAAUUAUUUCCCAGUAGACAAAAAGCGGCUGCCAAUCCUAAAAUUAUAGUAUUUACUUACAGUACAUUAGAGAAAUAAAAGAUUUUUUUUAAACAAGAGCUGUUUGCUUGAAUCCAUUAUAAUAACCAUUAUAACUGUGAGCAUUAAACAGGAAGUAAAGUUCAUAUAUAUGUUUUAGGUACAAAAAGAAGGUAUAUGAAAGAAUUUGAAUUACCAGGACAAUGUAGAACUAUGGGGAGCAAAAAAAUAUUGUUAUACCAAGUAAAUUAUGUGAAAUUAAAAACUGUCCAUUUCUACGGGGCUUUGCCCUUGUAUGUUUUGGGAUGCUGGAGAUCCAGUUAAGGUGCAGAUCUCCUCUUCUAAAGUGCAAUGCAAAAGGAACAGUGAUUAUUAUGUUUAUGCAGGUUUCUUAAUGUGGGAACUUUUGAUGGGUUUUUUGUUUUGUUUUGUUUUUUUUUUGCUUCUCUGUAUGUUUUUUUCUGCAAUUAUUAAAAGAAAUCAUAUGCAUGGAAUUAAAAUCUGCCAUACGUAUAUUCAUUAAUGGGCAUUAUUACUGUCUUAUGUAAAGGAUUUAUUUUGAUAUGCAGUAUCAUGUUCUCAGCCUUAUGAUUUCCAGAACUAUAUUUUUCAGUUAUUUCUUCAAGGGAAACUAAAUAAUUUUAGCUUUAGCAUUGCAUGUUUAGAAGGUCUCUCUUAUGCAGUGCUCCAUCGCAAUGUCAAGAAAUUACACAUAGAACACACCUUUGUCUUUUUUCUUUUUUACUAUGCUGACUUCUUUGAAUUAUUUUUGGCUAAUCUCUGAAUGAGUCUUUCCUUACUGUUUAACAACACCCCCCCCACCACAGUAUGUUGAAAUCUGUACCCGUCUGAUCCAGGAAAUCAGCUCCUCUUACCUUUACCGUAUCAUCUAGUUUUAUCCUUGUACUUCUGCAACAUAUAUUUAUUCAUUGACACAACUUCUUUGUGGAUAAAAUCUUUGUUUCUUAAAACUGAAUGAGCUCUGCAUUUUUUUAGGGAAAGAAAAAAUAAGAUAGCGAGUGGCUUUAUCAAGAAACAGCAUCAAGUCAUGUCACUUUCCCCCUGAACUGGGACAAGAUUUGCAUGGAAGAAAAUUCACUACUGAAAAUGCAAACUUUGUUUGCAAAGUUCUGAUUUUUCAUUUGAUAUGCAUUAUGGUAUAUUUGUUGAGUAUAGCCUCUAGUGCUGAACUUAACCAUGUUUCAAGGUAGUGCCAAGUGCUAAAUAGUUUUAAUUUAAGAGAAAAUUAUCUCCUGCAAAGGCAUUCUGAAUUGGGGUUUAAAGUUAGCAAGAAGAAAUGAAAUUUAAAGAAGGAUGCAAGACCAUGAGAACAAACUAUCUACACCAGCAACUGAUAGGAGAAUUAUGGAUGAUGGGAUUUGAUUUUCAAUUAUUUUAUGUCUUUCCAAAAGGCAUUUUUCAUUGAGCAAACAGGAGUAUCAUGACAUCUCAGGAGAGCAUGCCAGAUUUUUUUUUAGGUCAGAAUUCCUGGGUAGGAAUUAUAAAUUAACAAAUCUGAGAAAGGGGAUAUCUGAAUAUGUUCAAGACCAUACAAUUAACAAUGCUGGUAACACUUGCCGGAGAAGCUUCUGUAAUGGUCCCUCCAGGUGAGGGAGUUCUGUGUGUAAUUUCUAUGUAUGCGCCAUUGCAUUGCACUAAAACAGUUACAUUAGCCCUUCGAGAUGGAAUCACUCUUACCUGUUACUGGGCCACUGCUGCAUUCCAUUUGCACCCAGGUCUGCAGGGGGUGUAGAAACUGCAACACUGCAUCCUCUCUCAUUGCAUCUGCUGUUUAGUUUCCUUUAAGAAUUUAAGAAGGGAGAAGAGGUGUUUUAUAUAGGCUGUUGACUCUCCCUGUACUUAAAAGUAUAUUAGCUAGAUAAUUGUAUAUUCAGUUUAAUUACUCACUGUUUCUUAUUGAAAGAAGAUUUAACGAAGGGAAAAAAAACCAACAGCAAUAACAUUCAUAUCUAUGGAGCAGCUAACUAGUAUACAUAAUAUUCUGCUUUUGAAACAGAACUAGCCAAUGUAAAAAAAAAAAGUAAAUUCAACAUGUAAAUACUUUUUUUCAUUUUACACUGUUGUAUUAUAAGUGUAUAUGGUGUUUACUUUUUCAAAACUUUCUUACCUGGUAGUUGUCUUGUUUUAUGAGUUGUGUUUUUAACUAAGAAAAACAUUUGCCGUCUGUUAGGAAAAAGCAAAACAAAAACACAAAAAAAAAUUUUGCAAGUUAAAAUGUGGGUUAACUUUUCUCCAUCAUUUGCAUUUUAUUUGUCCUUAUUUGCAUUGUAAAAUAUUUUAUUAUAAAAAAGGUUGAUUUUUUUCCCCCAUCAGUCCAUAUGUUUAGAGGGAAGUUUUGUUUGUUGGGAUUUUUUUUUAGCAAAAGAAUUCACAAAAAUGACAUUUUUUCAAUUGAGGAAAAAAUCUCUACAUUUAUAAUAGCCAAUAGCAUUUCAGCACAUUUUUGUUAUCCUGGUCUCUCCUAUGCUGCUGCUAAUUACAAUAUUAUGACUUACUCUACUCUCCUAGAACUAUUUUUAUGUAAGUAAUGUAUGCUUUCUUGUUUAUAAAUGCCUGAUUUAAAAAAAAUAAGAAAAAAGCUUGGCAUAUUUAUCUAUUUCGCUGUGUACCUUGAUAGUCCUUUUACACCCCCUUUUCCACAUCCCCGACCCCUGAAACAGAUAAUAUUGUAAAAUAAAGGACUUUAUGAGAUUAUGUAUGAAAAUAGCUAUGCUUAUAUACCACAGUGACUGAAUGUACAGUGUAUAGACGCAUUACCUAAAAUAAAAUUGUUUGUCCAGAAAAAA